GAUAAAAUGUCGGUGAAAAAAAUACAGAGGAAACCCAAGCACGUGUUGCCAAGAACCAAACGUGUCGGGCAGGAGUUCAAAAAUGGAAAAAUUCAGAAGAACGAAACCCGAAAGUCACCGAAGAACCAAAAAACCUUGGUCAUUGCUCACGAAAUAAAAUUUGCCAAACUACUUGCUGGUAAUGACAAAAAAGUUAGAGAUAAGGUGCUAAAGAACCUAAAGAAAUGGUUAACUGUGCGAUCCGAAAGCUCCUUUGCCUUCGAGGAACAGGAUUUCAUGAGGUUGUGGAAGGGCCUCUAUUACUGUAUGUGGAUGUCGGAUAAACCACUGAUUCAAGAAGAACUAGCCGAGUCGCUUAGUAAACUCGUACAUUGUUUUAAUAACAGAGAUACUGCUCUGCUUUAUACUAAAUGUACUUUACUGACUCUCGCAACUGAAUGGUUCGGAAUUGAUCAGUACAGAUUAGACAAAUUCCAAAUGUUGGUACGAAGAAUCAUUCGACAAACUUUCACAAUGUGUAAAAAUAAACUAUGGAAUCGGGAUUGGGUUGACGGAGUUACAAAGAUAAUCGAAGACCUUUUGGUAGAAUCAAAAGCUACCAUAGGUUUCAGUUUGCACGUAACAGAAUUGUAUAUGGAAGAAUUGGCAAAGGUGAGUGGUGGUGAUGUACCAGAAGAUGUUGUCGUAGAAUUCGUCAGACCCUUUGCAGUGCACUUGGCAACUAUGAACGAUGAAAGAGAAAUACGGCAUGUCAUGAAGCAUGUUUUUAGGUAUUUAAUUUUUCAAUCCGAUGCUGGUUUGGAUUACAUGGAAAAGUUCGAAGCUUGGAGACACGCAGGUUUUCCCGAUGGAGACAUUGAAUCGAUGCAAAAAGUAGAAGUCGAUGAAUCUGACGAAGAUGAUAACGAAGAGAAAAGUGAUUCUGACGAUGAUCGUCCAAUUGAUAAUGCAGAUGAAAAACCAUUGGAUCCGCGGGCUGGUAGAGUGGAUGUUGAUUUACCACAAUUACCAGUUAAUGCUAAAGUCAUGGCUGAUAUGGUUAUGAACUACAGAUUUCAUCCAUCGUCUACAACAAAAUCUCGACGGCAAAUAGUAAGGGUAGCUAAAGAGUAUAAUGAGUUGUCUGAAGGAAAUAUGCCAUUAGGUAUUAAGAAAGUGAAACUUCAUGAGGGUUCCAAAUCUGAGACUAGUUCAAAGAGUGGAGCAUGGAGAUUAUUGAAAUUUGAACAGGAACUUUAUUCUGAUACCAUCAGGGGUAAACGUAAGAAAAAAAGUGAAAAAGCGAUAGAAGAGGAUUCAAAUUUGGACCAGGAUUCUGAUUUUGCAACCAAAAAAGUAAAGUCUGAAAAUACCACAAAGGCGAAAAAACAAAAUGCAAAAAAGAACAUAUCAGCAGAGCACAUAUCAGAGCAUGAAAACGACAAAGCUAGCCCUCUCAAAGUGAAGACAAGUACUGUAGAUGCCUCUAAAAAAAAGAAAAGAAGUGCUACGAUAAGUGAUGACGAAGGUGUAGCCACAAUUACCGAUACUCCAAGAAAGAGAAAGUUGAAAAGUGUAAGAUCGGUGCAAAAUGGUGACACUAAUGAUGCAAAUGAGAAUGCGAAGAAUGUGAAUAAAAUCAUCAAACCCAAGCCGCUGAAGGAUGAUGGCAAUUUAUCUAAUGCCGAGCCUUCUACGCUGGCAAAGAAAUCUCUUAUCAAGAAUGGUCUGAAGAAAGUAAAGAGAUACAGUUCUGAAGGGAAUUGGAGUAUUUCUACAGAUAUUAGUUCAACGUCACCAUCAGUAUCAAAUCUUCGUCUUCCAACUACUAGUUUGCAGGAUACUUCAAAAUCAGCCGACAAGUCACAACCGAACCGGGCAUUAUCCUGGUUGACACCAGUGCGGACAAAGCAGUCAACGAAACAAUCGAUCACAGAGAUUUCCACUAUUAAUGCUACCAGUUUCACCACACCAAAAACACAAGCAAUUAAUAAACUUUCGUCGUCCACCUCCAAAAAGAAAGUGAAAAUAGUUCUUCAGAAUAAUACAGCUCAGCACACGUCGGAUUAUAGGCUUCAGUUGAAAAAGAGCCCUGCUAUACCUUUCGACGCCAACCGAAAGCCUCCUGUGGGCGUGCUCAAGCCUAGUCCAAUAAAAAGUCCAGUAAAUCCAUUUUAUAAACGGAAUUUUAAAUAGGUAUUUCAAUUUUAUACUUACUACAAUUUUCUGAAUGAUCAUUUCUUUUCGGGACUAUGGAGAGGAAAUUGUGAGCGGAUUCGUGUUGCACUUUUGAUUUUAAAAUGAGAUACAUACAUGUACAUACAUCGAGUGCACAGAAACAUGAUUUUAAUUGAAUGAAAAAUUUACACUGAAUCCAUUAAUUGCAUUGAUUUAAAGUAUUUAACUUUUGACUAUACAUGUCACAAUUACACGUUUUUGCUAUCAUACAUGAAAGUAAGUUCAUUAGAAUUGAAAUAUUAAUAGGUUACAGGCACAUGAAACGAAAAACAUGUAACACACGUAAAACUGUGUAAUAUCAACAUACUUAUCGUUCAUAAGUAUGCCUGAGUAUCAGUGAUAGUACGAGAUUGUUCAACAUGUCUUCUUCUAUCGAAGAAAAUAAAUAUCGAUU